AUGCCCAUGGCCGAUGGCGAGCGCGGGGAGCAGCGGCCAACGGCGACCAAAGGCGGGCUCGGCCAGGAACGGCGGGCCCAUGCGCUGUCAGGGAGAGCUGCAGGCGGGUGCGGCCAGGGGCGCCAGUGUGGGCGGCGCGGGGCGUGCGCUGGCGGCUGCUGCAGCAGGAGGCAGCAGCACAGGGCGCCGGCGAGGGCGAGCAGCGCGCGGGCUGGGCGUCGCGUGGGCGCGGUGCGACGUGGCCAGGGGCGCGGUGAGCACGAGCUCACAGAGAGCUCCGGCGCGGCGGAGGCGCGCGGCAACGCUCUGGUGGAUACGGACAUCAGCGUCGCCGUCCCGCAGGGCACCUACGCGCGCAUAGCGCCACGGUCGAGGCUGGCGUGGAAGUACUCUAUCGACGUGGGCGCGGGCGUGGUGGACGCCGACUACCGGGGCACCGUCGGCGUCAUCCUCUUCAACCACUCCGGCGUCGACUUCGCCGUGAAGCCCAGGGACUGCGUGGCGCAGCUGGUCGUCGAUAGAAUCGCCACGCCCGGCGUGGCCGAGGUGAACGACCUUGAUGCCACCUUGAGGGGCGAGGGCGACUUCGUAUCCACCGGCGUUUGAUGGCUAGCCUCGAUGGAAGGCAGGUGUAUCUAGUUGCUGAUGGUUAUGGUGAAAGAGCUGCUGGCUGGAGACAACCUGCAGCUAUGUGUUCCAAUUGGAAGCACUGUCAUUUCUGAAUUUCUAUG